AGGCCGGGUCGCGGAACAGGAAGUCAAAGAUGCAUAAGGCGCAGUUUGCGCCAUAAGCCUAGGGUUUCUGCAACGCAAUGGCGGCUGCCUUGUCGGGAACUGCGGCCGGCCCCGCGGUUCUGCGGCCGAAGACCAUCUUCCCCUCUGCUCGCCGAAGGCGACUGGAAGCUCGAGACGAGAGCCAGGUGAAGGAGGCGCUUGGAUUGGCCAACAGGUUCAUGCUAUAUCCCUCUCAGAGGCAUUUGGGCGGCGAACCAGGGCUGGCCUUGAGCCUUGACCGCGGGAGAAUCUGCGUCAAAGAGAAGGUGUGUGAGGCACUCGCGGCACGGACGGCCAUUGACGACCUCCCCCGGGACCACCUCGAGUGGGCACGACGCUGAGCCCUUGCCCCUUUGCACGCCAUC